AUGAAAGGGAACGUAUAUCAACAUCGAUUUACAAAAGAGAACAUUCCUAUGGUCUAUUUAAAUGUACCAAGUGACGAAAAAUUAGAUGAUACUGACCGACCACGUACUGCUUCAUAUACUGAACGACUUAAGCCACUUGCUAAACGUAUUCCUUCAAAUGCAAGUCUUCCAUGCGCCGCUUAUCGUAGUCGUAAACCGUCAAAUUCAACUGGUAGACCUCGAUCGGUGACAUCAGAUUUAAAUGUUUAUUAUACACCUAUGAUCAGUGAUGAUGAUGAUAAUAAUGAUAAUGAACAACGAGAACUUAUAAUGUCACAAGUUGUUCCAGCAGCUGACGCAUCAUCUGUCAUAGAAAAUAGUCUUUCAGAAAAUGAAAACGAUCUCAUCGAGCUAGGCAAACACUGUCGAUUAAGUAUUUUAUUUCAAGAUUCAUAUUGGUCAAAUCAUCCAUUUUCACUUAAAGGAAGCAAUGCUGAAAAUAUAGAUGCUUACAAAAUCGUCAGCAUACUAUAUGGCUUGGUCAUUUUUAUUGGUGGUGUGGCUUUUUCAAUAUCACAUGCUAUUAUACCAAGAGAAGAAGUUGGAAAUAUCAGACAUCUAGCUGAGAUUUAUUUUACUUAUCUUUAUUGGGUAUCAAUACUUUGGAUCGUGUUCUGUAUCAUCGAUAUAGUUCGUCAUCGGCAUAAAUUUGAAAUAAGUGCCAAAGCAAUCAAUAAAUUGGAUUUGAAUCAUCCUCCAGCUCAUAGUGCUCAUUCACCUUUGUCAUCCGGUAAACAAAAAGAAGUAUCACCAAAUCAACAUAUAACUCAAACAACAGCAGUGCCUUCUUUUAAUUUACAAUUAUUUGACGAUUCGGAUGAGUUUCAAUCUGAAAACAACGAUGAUGAUGAACAUACUAACGAACACCAUGAAGCUAAUGUUGUGAAACAAAGUCAUAAUCGUGACGACGAAGAUUAUGAUGAUAAAAGUCUCCGCCCUCUAAGUGAAAAAUCCCGAUCACUAGAUAAUCUAUCAAUGAAAUCAUCAGCCGAAAUGAGAAAACGGUAUACAAGAGCUCGAAGUGUUCUAAAUCGACGUCAUGCAUUAGAUCCUGGUGGCGUACAUAAUUUAAGAUCGUAUGUACGCCAUAGAAAAGAUAGUAUUGUACAACGUGUUAUGGGCUAUAAUUAUGAUGAUAAUUCUACAGCCGGCGGUCUUUAUAUUCGUGUUGGAAUAGGAAUUUUUUGUCUUGGAACUGUCAUUCAUUCUGGUCUAUCAAUAUUAAGCAAUCUUGAAAAUAGCUCUUGUUCAAGAUGGACAGCUGUAAUGGAUGAUUCCUCGAGAUUAUUAUUUAGUUUUAUACAAUUCUUUUUCAUUUUUAAACAUUCAAAUUUAAUUAUUCGAGCACAUGAAAGUCUUGCUCGUUUAGCUGUUAUUCACAUCGUUGUUACUAAUUUAUGUGUAUGGUUUCGAAUGGUUGUAGUUGAAACAAAAUCUCAAAUAAUGGAAAUAGAUGCUCAUGAAUUGGCAAUAGCACAAUUCGUCGGUGGUCCUCACCUAGCCAAUGGUAGCCAUCAAUCAAUCCAGCAAACAUAUCGUUCAACAACAAUUCCCUAUAAUUGUGUACAAUCAAUAGAAGAAGCUCGGCAAAUGAAUGCUUUCAUUAGCGAAGGCUACAUGAGACUUAAACCUCUUUUAUAUCCGUGUACAAUUGAAUUUAGCCUUAUGUCUUUAACUCUUUUCUAUCUCAUAUGGGAGAAUAUAGGUAAAACAUUUGCAUAUAAAAUGUCUGAUAAAGCAUCAACGAAAAAUGUUUUUAUGGUUAAUUGUCAUGCAUCAAUUAAGGGCUUAUUUACUGGCAUGAUUAUAUUUUCAUGUACAGUAAUAUCAAUUAUUCUUUAUGCUGUCUUUCGAAAUAAAAUUGGGGAUGAUCUGAUUCACGCAACAUCUUUCGCAAGUCAUCAAGAAGCGGUUCAUCACGAUAGAAUUCAUGCUCGUGCAGCAGCAAUAUUAACAACAACAUUAUCGACACGGCACCAUGCAAGUGCUCCCUCUGCACCAUCAAUUCACGGUCCAUUUGCGUCAAUAUCAAAAACUCCGAAAAAAAUUAUAUAUAGCAUUGCUAUUGUUGAGAUAGUAAAUUUAUGUUUGUUACUUAUUUCAUUGGGAGCUACAUUAUGGGCACUGAUGAAAAUUAGAAAAUUACAAUAUAAAAGAACAACUACGCGUUUUGACGAUGUACUAAUUAUAGUUUCAUUAACAGGAACUUAUUUAUAUACAAUUUUCAGUGCUCUAGCAUUACUCAAUAAUAGAAAUCAAGCGACAUGGAUUGCUCAACUUAAAAUAGUUAUUGUUGUUUUAGAAUUUAUUGAAGCAACUGUUCAUGCAUUUUUCAUUCUUGUUGCACUGCGGAAACGUCUUAAUCGAAUAAGCAAACAUCAAUAUCCAGCACGUGAAAUCAUCACAUUGCUGAUAAUGCUUGAUCUUAGCCUAUGGUUUGAAGAAACAACAACAACAACAAAACACGAAGCUAAUCCAUUUCAAUUAGCUUUCUAUCACACCAUACCAUGGUCAAUUAUAGCUGCUAUUGCUACACCACUUCAGAUUUUUUUUCGUUUUCAUGCAUCCGUAUGUCUUUCACAUGUUUGGGAAAACAUGUAUAUCUUACCAGCUUACGAGCCCGUUGCACCACAUGGCUUAUAA